AUGGCUGCCUCCACCAUGUCCGUCUGCUCUGACGCCUGCACCAGCGCCUCCUGGCAGGUGGACGACUGUCCAGAGAGCUGCUGCGAGCCCUCCUGCUGCGCCCCCAGCUGCUGCCAGCCCAGCUGCUGUGCCCCCUGCCUGACCCUGGUCUGCACCCCGGUCAGCUGUGUGUCCAGCCCCUGCUGCCAACCCACCUGCACCAGCUCCUGCACGCCCUCGUGCUGCCAGCAGUCUUGCUGCCAGCCGGCCUGCUGCUCCUCCUCCCCCUGCCAGCCGUCCUGCGGUGUGCCCGUCUGCUGCAAGCCCGUCUGCUGUGUGCCCGUCUGCUGUGGGGCUUCCUCAUGCUGCCAGCCCUCUUGCUGCCAGCAGUCUAGCUGUGCGCCCUCUUGCUGCCAGUCCUCCCCCUGCCAACCGUCCUGCGGUGUGACCCUCUGCUGCAAGCCCGUCUGCUGUACCCCCGUCUGCUCUGGGUCCUCCCCUUGCUGCCAGUCCUCAUGCUGCCAGCCGUCCUGCUGUGUGCCCGUCUGCUGCAAGCCCGUCUGCUGUACCCCCGUCUGCUCUGGGUCCUCCCCUUGCUGCCAGUCCUCAUGCUGCCAGCCGUCCUGCGGUGUGCCCGUCUGCUGCAAGCCCUGCUCCAGCGUCUGCUGCCGCCCGUCCUCCUGCGUGUCCCUGCUCUGCCGCCCCGCCUGCUCCCGCCAGGCCUGCUGUGGCCUCUGCUCGGGCCUGAAGUCCAGCUGCUGA